CGGUAGCUGACCGAACCAGGAAGUUUCCGAAAGUGAUGGGAUCCACUCAAAGCCCAUAUUCUACUCUGUUGAGGCAUUUUUAUUCCCCUUUUUGUCCUCGCCCCGGCCGGCAACCUGCUGCCUUCCCACGCCACUUGUGAAAACCCCUCUCAUUCCAAUGUCACAUAUUGCCCUUUGAAACUCUCCUAUUUUCUUUUCUGAAUAAUCUCUCAGAUUUGGAUUUCAAUUUCUUCGCACAGAUGGCAAUGGAGAAAUCAUCAAGGUAUCCGAAGGUAAGGGUGAAGGUUGAGGAGGAAGAAGAUGGGAAUGGUUAUGGGUUGGGUUUUUUGUCAAAGUCCUAUGAUGCCCUUUCCAAAGACGAUUAUCCAACCUCCAUCGCAAGGAUUCCCACGGCGCACAUCUCGGGUUCUUCCAAACCCGUAACCUCUACGUCCACAGGAAAUUCAAAGAGCCAGAAAACUUCAAGUGAAAUGGAAGCAAAAACCAGAGCUGGUUUAGUGUCAAGGCCACGAGCGGUUUUAUCCAGUCCCGAUAAUGAUAAAAUGGCGGGAACGGCGUUUGACAAGCCCAAGGUUGAUACUACUAAACUGGGCCGGGGUAGUCCAAGUGAAGGGGCCCAAACCCAAUUCAAAGAGAUUCGUAAAACAAUCAAUGCUAAAAACUCUUUAAAGGCCCGAGAUGUUGGUGGGCCAGGCCGGGGUAGUCCAAGUAAAGGGGCCCAAAGUCAAUGCAAAGAGAUUCCCAAACCAAUCAAUGCCCAAAACUCUUUAAAGGCCCGAGAUGUUGGUGGGCCGGCCAUUCAGGUCAAACGAAAGAUGGCGAGUACAGUCAAACAGUCCAAGUGAAGGACAAAAGUGUCAUUUCCACACAAGAAAACCACCAAAUUGUGUGGCUGUAUAUGUACAAAAAUUAUUGACCCAGAGUAUUUAAUUACUCGAUAUCAUGUCUAGGUUUAGAGAGAUUAGAGUGUAAUUUAACUAAUCUUGAGUCUAGUUGUUAAAAUUCCGGCGGGCCAAGAACAACGGAUAGAGUGUCGGGUAAAAUUAACCACUUGCAUAUAAAGUCGGGAUCCACAAUUCUAACCCAAAAGCUUAAGCUGAUAGGUAGGGCUUCACCCUUCAAUAUAUGCAAGUGAUACUA